UAAUUAUCCGCUACCAUGGCUUUACAUGCCAAGCAGCACUAUAAUAACAAAAACAACAUCAAUAACUUCCACUAACAUCACAACAAAAGCGAUUAGCGUUUGUACAGCGCUAAAGCCCAGCCGCUAAGGUAGUAAGCAAGCAAAAUUGCUUACCCGAUUGACGUCAAGUGGGGCAGCAACUAAGUAGUCGUUUGAAUAGCGCCGGAACAAAAUCAACAACAACAGCAACAAUUGUAACUACUGUACAAUAAGCAAACAACAACAUCUUGCCAAAGACAAAGCACAAAAAUCUCGCCCUUCAUUGCGCGCAGCGCAUCCAUAGGCGAGCGCACAUACUUAGAGAAAUACACACACACGGCUAUAUAUACAACACAUUUGUGUCUAUUUGGCCGUUCAUUAGACAAGCGAAGUCAGUCAGUGAGAUUACAGUGCUGCAUGAGCGCUGCAUGUAUGUUUUGUUGAGCUCGUGCUUUCGUUGUUAGCAAGCGCGUGUGGGUGUCUGUGCUACUCAGCGUCGAUCGUCUAUUGUUGUGUCGUCUGCAUGUGGCUGAAUGUGCUGUCAUUAAUGCAAUUUGCUGCAAAGCGGAAAUAGUUGACGGAAAUUAAACGGCCACUUAAGUUCCGAUGUAAAGUGAUGCCAUUCAAUUGGUGCAGCGCGCAGCAACAAUAACCGCAAUAACAACAGCAACAGCGUUUGAAAAUUGUUUGCGGUAUUAAUAAUUGUUUGAAUGCUUACAAUAGAAUAUUCUAUAACAACAAGUGGUUGGCUGUCACAGUAUAGAAAAACCUAUGAAAAUUGGCAGCAUUGAUAACAUUCAAAGCUCAGUGAACUUUUUGCUAAAAAAAAUUUUGGCACAAAGAGUUUGAUUUUCCAAGACAAAUAAUCAAUUACUUGACAAUGGGUUUGAAAAUAUUUAUUGGAAUUAAAAAUUAUGUCAAUCGAGCCAAAUGGAUUUAUAUGAAAGCUUUAGAGCGUAAUCUACAAGCUUCAAGCUAAAAUUAAUGCAGUUCAAGGGUCCAAGAUUGGAAUUAAAAAUUAUGUCAAUCGAGCCAAAUGGAUUUAUAUGAAAGCUUUAGAGCGUAAUCUACAAGCUUCAAGCUAAAAUUAAUGCAGUUCAAGGGUCCAAGAAAGCUCAAAAACUUUUGGGAAAGCUCAAAAAGCUUUAAAAACUGUAUUGAAAGCUUUUUGUAUAUAAUCAACACUGAAUAUGCAAUUACUUCUGGUACAAAAAGUUUGAGUAACUGAAAGUUUGGAACAACGUGAAAGCUUCAAAAGCUCAAUGAAAGCUUGAAAAUCAAGGAGAGCAAUUAAACAAAUUCAGUCAGCACAUCGAAGCCAGUUGGAUUUGUAUGAAAGCUUCAGAGAGUAGUUUACAUGGUUUGAGCUAAAAUUAAUGCAGCUAAAAAGUGAAUAAAAGCUUAAAAAAAUUUAGUGAAAGCUCAAAUAGCCUGAAAACCUAUACUGAAAGCAUUCUGAAUAUAAUCAACACUAAAAGUUCAACUACUUCUGGUACAAAGUGUGUAAGUAACUGCAAGUGACAAAAAUCGUGAAAGCUUGCGAAAGCUCAAAAAUCGAUAAAAGCACUUUAGAUUACACCAAACUAUGCUUCCAAAUUAUUACAUAUUUUUGAGUAAAAUCUCUGUAGUUUGAGGCAUUUGGCAUCACUAAGCAGUGCUCAAGCAAAAAGCUUUAAGAGAAGGAAAAAACACUUUUUUGAAAAAAAUAAAUACAUAAAUAAAUAAGCACAAGAGCGUACUAGCUGCUGUGGGUUAAUCCACAAAUAUGAUGUACAAAAUAGCAUUACAUGAAGAAAACGCGCAAAAUUUAAAGCUUUGCUGAAAAGCUACGUGAUUAUGCCACAAACAACUCGCUGUGGUGAAAGAGACAGUUAAUGAAACGAAAAAACUCAAGAGCUACAAACAAGACAGCUAAAUUAAUUGUGAGAUAAUUAUACAACUGAAAAAGCUUAAAGCUCUAUGUUGGAAGAGAAAACUCUCAAAUUGAUAAUAAAUUUAAUUCCAGACCAAGACAAGAAUUACAAAUUAACACGUACUCGAAGAGGAAAAAAAUUUCCAGCUUAUCAACUUUAAUAGAGCCACACCCAUACGGCAAUUACGCGUGCAGUUAAUUAAAUAUUUUAUUUGCUUCUUCAGCCCAUACCUUCCACAAGUUUAUAUUAAAUUCACAUUGCGACGAAAAGUUUCUCACCUGUCACGGCUGAUUUGCUGCAACUCCGCUCACCCUUAAUAUCGGCCAGGAACAACGCCGCUUACUUUAUUCUUAUACCAUUAAUUUGCUGCUUCCCUCUCCCACCAAAAGUUAAUUUCGACUCUCUCUCCCACUGAUGACCGCCGCUAAACGACGCGCAAGCAGUGGCGCGACAAAUAACAACAAUAACAAUAAUGAUACGGAUGAAUAUCGCGAACAGCAGCAACAUCUGUUACAACAUCCACAACAACAAUAUCAUAGUACACAACAACGUUACCAUUUGCAGUAUCAGCAAGACCAGUCACAGCAACAACCACAACAACAUUACCAAUACCAACAACAACAGCAACAACAGUUUUCUCAUCAGUCCGCAUCGCAUUCAGCAUAUCAUCAGGAAAAUCACCAGUCAAAUCAACAACAACAACAACAGCAUCAACAGCAACAGCGCCAACAAACAUCACUGCUGCGUGAUUGUUCGGUGAAAUUGCCUCUGGAUAUUCUAUGGUUACCAAAAUCUGCAAUGCGGCCAGUGGGGCCUGACGCCUCGCACACCGACUGCAUACUGGUUGUUGGUGUCUCCCGUCCGAAAUUAGCAGUAGUCUUUCUAACAGUUAUGUUAAUAUCACUAUUCCUCACCUUUCAUGUACUGUACGAUAGCGCCGUAUAUAAUAUACAAGCAGCACAAGUACUCACCGAACGUCAUCGGCUGCGUUUGCUGAGCAGUGCGAGCGGUAGUGGUGGUGGUAGCGCUAACGCUAAUAACAUCAACAAUAAUCAUUUGCCGGAAUUCAUCAAACCCGCCGCGGCUGCUGUGGCUGCGGCAGCAGCAUUGGCCGCUGUACCCUCCUCGAAUCAGAUUAGUCAUCCAAUGGUGUUUCCUUCGAAUCGUGUGCACUUUCCGAAAACGAGCCGACGAUUGCCGCAAGCUCUCAUUAUCGGCGUUCGAAAGUGUGGCACACGCGCUCUCCUAGAAAUGCUGUAUCUUCAUCCUCGCAUACAAAAAGCCGGUGGCGAAGUUCAUUUCUUCGAUCGUGAUGAGAACUACAUGAAGGGUUUGGAGUGGUAUCGCAAGAAAAUGCCACAUUCGUUUCGUGGCCAAAUUACGAUCGAAAAGAGUCCCAGUUACUUCGUGUCGCCAGAGGUGCCGGAACGUGUGCGCGCCAUGAAUGCCAGCAUCAAACUUUUGCUCAUUGUACGUGAACCGGUGACAAGGGCCAUUUCUGAUUACACACAAUUACGAAGUCAUGCGGCCACGGCCACGCUGCCGCUAGCCGAUGGACCCGCAGCAGCGCCACCAUCGCCGGCAACCGCUAAAUACAGCGCCAACAGCUAUCAGAGGCGACGCGGCCGCGCCAUCGAUGCAGCCGGCUCCGGCUAUGGACCAGGCGCGGGCUAUACGAAUCAGCAGCUGCGCGCGUCCCAGCAUAUGGCACUCUAUGGCAAAACAAGCAAAUCCUAUGCAGCGGCACAAGUGUAUGAUAAUGCAAUCGGCGGCGGCGGCGGUGGUGGCGAUGAGGGCGGUGGCGCCGCACGGAAUCGUAUUGGUGAAUCCGCGCACACAACGGCGCCAACGCCUGGCUCGGCGGCCGCAGCAGCAGCAGCAGCUCAAAUUGCAAGCAAAUCAUUCGAGGAGCUAGCCAUAUUCCCCAAUGGCACGGUUAAUGAGUCCUAUCGUCCGCUAACCAUAUCUCUAUAUCAUUUGCAUUUGCAUCGUUGGCUGGAAGUCUUCCCGCGCGAGCAAUUACUCGUUGUCAAUGGUGAUCGAUUAAUUGAGGACCCCGUUUCGCAAUUGAAGCGCAUCGAAACAUUCUUAGGCAUCGAGCAUCGUGUGACCAACAGUCAUUUCUACUUCAACGAGACAAAAGGCUUUUACUGUUUGCGUUACGACAGCGGUGACCGAUGCUUACGCGAAACGAAAGGACGCAAGCAUCCACAUGUUGAUCCUGUGGUCGUGUCCAAAUUGCGAAAGUUCUUUGCCGAGCAUAAUCAACGAUUCUAUGAAUUGGUUGGUGAGGAUCUUGGCUGGCCGGAAGAGUAGGCUGCACACAAACACACACACUCAAAGGAACAACCACUAAAAAGGACCCAGUGCAGUUUUGUGUGUAUGUGUGCGCGGAGGUGUGACUAGAGCAAUUGCAGGACAAUCGCUUAACGGUUAACACAUGCACCCACACACACACACACACACACACAUUGUGGUGUGUGAAAACAAGGAGCGCCACCUGAAAGCGACCACAAAGUGAGACCAGCAAUUGGCGACCAACAGUAGCUGUAAUUGAGAAUUAAGGACUGAUGGGAAAACAAAAUUUCAGUUAAUUAAUUAAUUUUAAUACACAAAUACACAUAUACAUAUUAUACAGUUUAACGCAGGUAUGUAAAUUAUACACACAUGUACAUUCAUAAGCAAAAAAUACGUAUUUACGAUAAAUAAUUGUAAGCUUAAGUCGACUUAUAGUUAUUCUACAGAGCGAUCUACACGCAAACAAAAAAGUUGCAGCAUUAAGUUUAAAAUUUAAGAAUUUCUUUUAAGCAAAACUCGGCAUGGGACGUAGGUGUCAGUGUGUGAAUGCGUGUGCGUGCGUUAACGAUAUCCUGUUGGCGAGCUUGUGAAUUCUGUGCAAUGAACCUUUGCUCGGUCCUAAAAAGCGCAUAUAUAUUUGCUGAAAAAGGAAGUUGCAAUAUACGCAUAUAUGUAUGUAUAUGUGUAUGUUUGUAUAUAAAUUUCCGCGUAAACGAGUACAUAAAUGAUUUAGGCAGUCACGCAGAAAGUAAACAGGAUAUUUGCAGAGUGAAAAUUUAAUUCAGAAAAGAGUUUUAAACUUUUUUUUAUUUAAAAUUAAAAAAAAAAAUAGUAAUUUUCGCGAUAUACAGCUUCUACAUAUCGUAGUUCGCUUAAUUAAUAUUUUCAAAAUUAAUUAUAUGUAUAUACAUAUGUAUAAUAUAUACGGAUGUAAGGGGUUACGUUGCUGGGGUUUGAAGUUAAAUUUUUUUUAUUUCUUUACUUGCCAAAAUUUCAUAUUUUUUCCAAAUUUUUCAAUUAAUCACGGCCUACUAUGUACUCAUCUACUAGCCAAUAAAAUUUUUAUUUUAGAUGAAACCUUCGUCUGUUAUGCUGACUACCGCGAGGAGACUUUUUCGGCGGUGCCUCAGAAAACCAUCUGGCAACGGAUAAAUUUCCAA